AUGUGUGUUGAUACUAACCGUUUGCUUGAUGUUAUCGAGAAGGAUAUCGUCCCUCUAACUGAAGUGGGCGUCCGUAAGGGUAACAAACUGUUUGGCGCCGCGAUUCUUCGCAAGGACGACCUCAGUGUGGUUGUAGCAGAGACUAACAACGAGGUGCACAAUCCUUUGUGGCAUGGCGAGAUCCACUGCAUCAAGAAGUUCUUUGAAAUCCCCGAAGACAAGCGUCCCGCGGCCAAGGAUUGUGUUUUCCUAGCCACCCACGAGCCCUGCUCGCUCUGUCUGUCUGGAAUCACUUGGUCGGGUUUCGACAACUUCUACUACCUGUUCUCGUACGAGGAUAGCCGCGACAGUUUCAAGGUUCCUUACGACAUUGAUAUCCUCCAGAGUGUGUACUGUGUUCCUGAUCCUGGCCAAGAAGUCUCUCCCGAGCGUCCACUGUACAAUCGCAAGAACAAGUUCUUCACUUCGCACUUCAUCAAGGAUAUGGUGAAAGGCGACAAAAAGAUGGAGGAGCGGAUCAAUCACCUAGCCACAGUUUACGACGGGCUUUCCGAGACCUAUCAAAGUGGAAAAGGCGGUGCCGCGAACGUUGCAUUCAAAUAA